CGCUGUGGGUUGAUAGCGGAAGCGUAGCUCAUGCUAGAGGAGGCCUGAAGGCGCCUGGAAAGUACAGGUCACCCACAGAUUCUCCAGUGGAAGGCUCUGAGAACAAAAGAGAAAGAUGUUGCCAAGGCCAAAGCCUGGGGAGUCCGAAGAAGAUUUGUUGACAUUUCAGAAUCAGUUCCUGGCAUCAAAGGCUUCUCCAGCAGUGAAGGUUGUAAAGAAGGCAGAUAAGAGAAGAGGGGAUGGGGGAAGUGGAGUUGAGGAGAGACUUCCACUGCAGCAUGACAGAGAUGUGGUGUCACUAGAUGACUUUCCUGAUGUGCCCUCAACUCUACCAGGUCCCCCAAAGAAAUCCAAGAUCAGAAGUACCCAUGUUCACUUUGAGGAUCCAGAGCAGCAGUUGGAUCGUGGUGAUCAACACAUCACAGCGGUCCUGAGCAAAAUAAUCGAACAUGACACAAGCACAGGAAGUGUGACAACACCGUUGUCUAGUGGAGAUCCAUUUCCAAGAGUUUUUCACAGAUCUGAAAUAAAAACUGAGGCAAACCCAGAAGCUGGAAGGAGUAUCUUUUCUCGGAAGAUAGCUGCUAAGAGAGCAGCUGAAGUGGCUCGGGCAUCCUCUCAGGCUGGGCAGAAGAACACAGAUCGGACAACUCCAAAUACUGCCUCACCUCCCAUGGCCUUGGAGGCACAGCCCUUAAGAAGGGAAGAAGAAGAGUCUGUUGGUACCCUGCAUACUCAGCGGUCUCAUAUUAUCACUGGCAAGGGCCUUGGAAGCCUGGUUGGUGAUCAGGAAGCCCAGAAAAUCCAUGAGGAGAACUUGGAGAGACUGCAGGCUAUGUCCAAGGAAGAGGUAUUGGAGGAGCAGAAGCGACUGCUGGCUCAGUUAGAUCCCAAUUUAGUUGCUUUCUUAAAGUCACAACGUGGUAUUGACACAAGUCUGAAAGGAGAAGAGAAAAUGGAAUCAGAGAAGCCAGAAAAGCUUGUGCAUUUGGAAAUGUGGUCCAAAUCUCAGCAUGAGGCUGAGGAAAUUGUGGAAACACCCUUCAUUCAGGAGCUACCAAUGGAUGAGGAGCCAGACUCAGAAGACUCCCAAAGGGCUGAAGCUUGCAUAAGAAUGGAUGUCACAGGUGGUGAUCUUCCUCUGAAACCUCAGAAAGAAUGGCUCCACAUGGAUAUUGUGGAGUUUGAGAAGCUGGAGUGGAUGAAGGAUCUUUCCCAUCCUCGGCAGAGGAAAACUAGAAAGGGAAUGCAAGCACGCUUCAGUCUGAAGGGGGAACUUAUCCCUCCAGAUAAAGACUUCCCUACAUAUCUGGGCCUGCACCACCAUGGAGAAGAAGCAGAGAGGGCUGGCUAUUCACUCCAAGAGCUCUUCCAUUUGUCUCGUAGCCAGGCUAUUCAGCAAAGGACUCUGGCUCUGUAUGUGCUUGGUCAUGUUGUCCAGAAGGCCAAAGCAGGGAAGUUUGCCUCGUUGCUGAAGGGAAGUGUUCUCCGUGUACUGCUUGAUGCUGGUUUCCUCUUCCUGCUUCGUUUCUCCCUGGAUGAUACAGUGGACAAUGUCAUUGCAGCUGCUGUCCAUGCCCUUCAUGCACUGCUGGUCUCUUCAGAUGAUGAGGAGUAUCUUGACAAAACUUUCUCAUGGUACCAAGGAAUGGCUGUGUAUCCUUUUAUCCCAAAAAAAGAAGAAGAGGUAGAGGAGGAAGAUGAAGAUGAUGACAUUGAAAGGACUUCAACAGAAAAUAAAUUAGGAAGAAAAUCAAAGGAUGAGAACAAGCCAGACCCAGAAGUGGCACAAUAUGAUGUUAUAAGGGGACUUCUGAAGACCAAGAUUCUUCACCGCCUGAGAUACAUUCUGGAAGUCAUGAAGCCUGUACCUUUGGUGGUCCUGGAGAUUCUAGAUAUUCUCAUCCGCAUAGCAAGGCACUCUACAGAAGUAUGCAGUCAGGUCCUUGAUUGCCCUCGUUUGAUUGAGACUGUUGUCAGAGAGUUCAUCCCUACCCAGUGGGAUCCAAGAGUAGCUGAACCGGGGCAGUUUCUUGCUAGUGUAUAUGGAGUUCCAUGCACUGCAGCCAUGAAGCUGAUUAGAGUCCUGGCCUCUGGAGGAAGGAAUGUAGCUGCCAGGCUGCUUAAUAAGUAUGAGAUGAAGAAUCGGCUGCGUCGAUUCAUAGCUGAAGAUCCCAAAGACCUUUCUCUGAGGAGAGAGGAGGCCAUAAGGCUGAGCAUCGAAGCAUUUCGCUUGUGGGCUGUGGCAGCAGGCUAUGGUCAGGCCUGUGAUCUCUAUAGGGAUCUCUAUCCUGUUUUGGUGAAGAUGAUCCCAUCCCUGUCCCAUUUGGUGAAGAGUUCUGACAAAAAUAAAUCUAUAUAUAACCUUUCUACUGAGAGAGCCACAGCCAUCGUGACCUUGCUUUCCCAAAUAACGCAAACUGCAGGCUGCAGAGCAGAACUACAGGCCCAGCUCAGCAGGAGUAGUCCAGAAGAUGGAGAUCAGAUUCCUCCUCCACCAGUCUCCUGGAUUCAGGUGUCAGGUUUCAGACCCCUCAUUGAAACUAAUUUGAAAAAAUGUCUGAAAGAAAUAUCUGAACCGGAUACCUGGCAGACACUGCAGCCUCUUGCAACAACCUAUGUGAUCUACCUGGGGUUGUAUUACAACUACAGUCAGCAGCCAUCAGUAAAUACUGUAGACUGCCUGGAGGAAGUGGAGCAUUUGACAUUUGAGGUGGUGUUGCCUUUCCUCAGCCAGCCAGCCAUGCAGACCCAGUGGGAAAUGCUCAGGCCAUGUUCAGUUCUGUGCAAUCCAUUAUCCUACUCUCCAGCACCAGAGUCUGUCCCCAGUAUUGCAUCUCUGAGUUGCACUGGAGGCAAGCCCUCAAUGAGUUUAGUGGGGUUGAAAUCGCCCUUUCCCUUUCUUACUGCCCUCCUUGUCCUUGUCAACAGCAUCACUCGCAUCCAUAAAGGGCUGAUUGGCAAGUUUGUUUUUGUGCUAGAUACAAAGGGUCUGAAUGACUACCUACUCCAGAGCUGGACCACUGGGCCACCUUCUGUAACCCACUCCUCAGUGUGGCUCUUGCGCCACGAAUACCACCUGCAGUAUUUUGUGCUUUCACUGGCUCAUAAAAUGGCAGAUGCUUGUCCAGAUUAUGGCCAGCAUGCUUCACUCCAUCAUUGUGUUGCCAUGGUUUUGUUAAGCCGUUUGUUUUCAGGCAGUGAGCACCUGGCUCACGAACUCCUGUUGGGCCUUGCCUUCAAUCCAAAAUUGAUUCCUGAAGGCCAAGCAGGUGGACCAGAAGCUGCUGACUUCUCAGACAUCCUGCACCUUAGCUCAAGGAUAAAGCUGACACAACCAGGCUCAGCGGCUUCCAUUUCUCCCCACCCCAGUCGUGGAGCCUUACUGAAAGAAGCAUACCAGCAUCUUCGAUUUAUCCAAGCUUGCUACUUCUCUCAUUUUGUGUUCUUGGAACCUGCACUUGCUCGUUCCAGAGAUGCAUAUCAAGGAAGAACUCACCUUAUCCAAUCCAUGCUUCUUCCUGAGGUCAGAGGACCCAUCCUACCUUCUGAUUGGCCUUUCCUUCCACUUAUUAGCCUCUAUAACAAAGUGACCAGUGCAGAAACACAGUGGGCUGCUGUGACAUCUUUUCCUGCAGAUCUGGUGAACAUUAUGACCUGUAGCUUGCAGUGGGUCCUCCUCUUGGAGACUUGGAGACCCAGAAUCCUUCAGGGAAUCUCAGCUGCAGUUAAACUUGCAAGGCUUAUGUGUGUCUUCCUCACUGGAAGUGACUUGUUCUUGGAAAGUGCCAUUCACUGCUAUACAGCAGCUCUUCUCUCACUUUAUUGUCAAAGCAAAGUACUGGACUCCUUGAACUUGGAUGUUCCCCUCCCUGGCUUAGCUUCUUUCUAUGACCUGUACAUCAGCCUCCUGGAACAUUUUGAAGGUGUUUCCUUUGGAGAUCCCCUCUUUGGAGUCUUUGUGCUUCUUCCUUUACAAAGACGGUUCAGUGUCCAACUAAGGUUGGCUAUCUUUGGAGAGCAUGUAAGCACCUUGCGGGCACUGAGAGUUCCACUUCAGCAGUUUCCUGUACCUCUGGAGCUGUACCUUUCCCCGCCUGAGGACAACCUGAAUCUUGUAGGGCAGUAUUUUCAGACACUGGUCACAGGUGUCUUGCGGCAGAGCUGGUGCCCUGUGCUUUAUGUGGUUGCUGUGGCCCAUGUGAACAGCUUCAUUUUCUCUCAGGAAAGCACCACACAGGAGAUUGAUGUUGGCCGAAGAAACAUGUUGCAGAAGACAUGGUUCUUGGCAGACGAGGUGUUAAAGAGACAUCUUCUCUACUACAAGUUGCCCAACAAGGAUAGCCCUGUAGGUUUUGACCUCUAUGAACAGCUUCCUCCUAUUCGACUGAAGCACCUGAACAUAAUGACUCAGAAGGAGCCUAAAGAGGGCACAUCACCAACAUAUUUGUAGUGAAAAAUCUUCAGGACUGGAUGGAGCAAUAAGGGACAAUGCUGCUAAGCAACUGGAAGAGCUUGGUGAUCUCCAUGAUGUUUUGCCUGAACAAACAGAAAGGGAUUUUGCUUGUGAACCUCUGUCUUGGUCAGCCUUCGUAGAACACAGAAUAUCUUCCCAUUAUCAGGUAGCAAAAUUUCAGAAAAAAAUGAAAGGAGCCAGUAUAUGCUACUGAGAUGGAACUCUGGCAAGUUAUUUUUGAUAAGUAAAAUUCCAUUUGAUAAAUAAAAUUCCAUUGAAAAGCC